AUGGAUACACCGACAGUUACAAACGGGAGCGCGGGAAACAGCUCAGUGGACCAACGGGCUUUCUUUGAGCAUGACCCGCAGCCGCCUCUAGAACCAGCUGAGCUGCGCGUUCUGAUUCCGGUGAUUCUCGGAGUCGUGUGCGUCUUGGGCUUCGCGGGCAACAUCACCGCUAUUGGCGUCCUGAUCAGCAACGCGCGCAAAGCGAAGCUCUCGCUCAUCAACGCGCUCAUUCUGAACCUCCUGCUGGCUGAUGGGCUCGUGCUGGCGCUCAUUGUACCGUUUAAAGCAGUGGCGCUCUCCCGCGUGAGCUGGCCGCUGGGCUGGUUCAUGUGUAAGAUGAGCGACUGGUUCACGCAGACGUGCUUGGCGGCCAAGAGCGUGACCCUGGCAGUGAUGUCCAGCGCGUGCCACCGCUACGUCAGCAACCCCAGCAAGCCAGUGAGCGUCCAUGGCGUGGGCAUCGCGCUGCUGCUGCUGCUGCUGUGGGGGUGGGCGGGCACCCUCGCUCUGCCCGCCGCUCUCUACUCAGUGCUCGGGGGCACGGAGGGGGCGCACGUGUGCGUGCAGCAGGUGCCCGCGGGUGCCCAGCGCUUCAUGUGGGCGUACUCACCCGCCUACCCGCUGCUCGCCUACUGCUGCCCGCUGGCGCUCGCCCUCACCUUCUUCUGCCGCGCCUACUGCCAGAGCCGUCGCCGUGGCAGCAAGACCCAGAACCUGCGCACGCAGAUCCGCUCCCGUAAGCUCACGCUCACCCUGCUCGGGCUCUCCGUUGCCAUGGCAAUGCUCUGGCUCCCGCAGUGGGUGUGGUGGGUGUGGCCACACAGGGGGCGUGGGGGGCGGGGCCUGUGGCUGGCGGCGAAUCUCCUCCCCCUGUCGGCGUCACUGCUGGACCCUCUGCUGGUGCUGGCGCUCAGCGAGGAGUUUCGCCACGGAUACCAGUCGCUAUGGAGACGGCUCACCCUGCGCCAGGCCCCGCCCCCCGCCAAGCCGAAACCCGGCCCGCACACUGCGACCGCGCCCACCUCUCCUCGACCACGCCCAGAAACCUCGCUGCCCCCCGCGGGCGCACACACCCCCACGGACACACACACACACUCUCCGGCGGAGCCCACCGAGCCGCCCUCCGCCCCCCACACCCCCCCUGCCGACGGGGUGCUGCCGGACGUGGAGCAGUUCUGGCAUGAGAGAGUCACCACCGCACACCCCGACAGCAACGACCCCGUGCCCUGGGAAAACCUGCAGCCAGCCAACUAACACACACCUACACACACACCUAC